CUUGUUUAAGUGACAAUGCAUCAGUCAUUUAAUAACCGUUAUGUCGGUUUAUUCAUGGCAUUGGUCAACAACAUUCCCAGUUACACAUUAAGCGCCAACAGCUGAUUUUUGUUUUGCGUUUUAAUGACGUUGCCGCAACGCAUUCAUUACCCGCAUAGUCUCGAUAAUGCUCAUAACUAUAGUAAUUUAAUUAGCGGCGCGUAGAUCAUGGCUCGGACAUUAUCAAAUAUGCCAAAGUCAAGCAUGUACUUGUACACAGUAAGUGCAUUGUUGGCGCUGCUCAGCUUAGCCACAUUGAGUGAUUCUCAAAAGCACUACACACGGACACGUAGACUGGAACUGCGUGAAGAUGUGCGACGCAUGUUUCAGCACGCCUACGAUGGCUAUUUGCGACACGCAUCCAAUUAUGACGAGCUGCGUCCGUUGACCUGCGAUGGCCACGACACUUGGGGUAGCUAUUCGCUAACGCUAAUCGAUGCACUCGACACGCUGGCCACCAUGGGAAACUAUACGGAGUUUCGUCGCGUCUGCACGCUGCUCACACAGAAGAUGAAUUUCGACAGGGACAUCAAUGUAUCGGUUUUUGAAACGAAUAUACGCAUAGUGGGCGGGCUACUCUCCGCGCAUUUGUUGUCGCGACGCGCCGGUGUUGAACUGGAGCCUGGCUGGCCCUGCCAGGGACCGUUGCUGCGCAUGGCCGAGGACGUGGCACGUCGCUUGCUGCCCGCAUUCGACACAAACACUGGCAUGCCGUAUGGCACGGUGAAUCUGCGCUAUGGUGUGCCUAAGGGUGAGACCUCAGUGACAUGUACAGCCGGUGUGGGUACCUUCCUUGUCGAGUUCGGCACGCUUAGCCGCCUAACGGGGAACAGCAUUUACGAAGAGGUCGCACUUCAGGCAGUUUACGCGCUUUGGGAGCGCCGCUCACCCAUUGGCCUAUUUGGGAAUCACAUUGAUGUGCAGAGUGGUCGCUGGACGGCCCUAGACUCGGGUAUUGGUGCGGGUGUCGAUUCGCUAUUCGAGUAUUUGGUGAAGGGUGCCAUUUUGCUGAAUCGACCGGAAUUGUUGCAGAUGUUCCAUGAGGCCCGCGAACCCAUUGAUCGUUAUAUGCGCAAGGAAGACUGGUAUGUGUGGGUGGGCAUGAACAAAGGUCAUGUCACACUGCCUGUUUUCCAGUCUCUGGAAUCCUUCUGGCCGGGUAUACUCAGCAUUGUCGGCGAUACUGAGCCCGCUCUACGCACCAUGACACGUUACAUAGGCGUUUGGAAGAAGUAUGGCUUCCUGCCUGAAUUCUAUAACAUUGCGGCUGGCGAAGCGGCCGCCAAUCGCGAGGUCUAUCCACUGCGGCCCGAACUGAUUGAGUCAGCCAUGUAUCUCUACCGCGCCACCAAAAACGAAUAUCUUCUGGAGCUGGGCGAGCACAUGCUGGAAACAAUUGAGUUUAGCGCCAAGACUAAGUGCGGUUAUGCAACAAUUCGCAACGUGGUAACCCAUGAGAAGGAUAAUCGCAUGGAGUCGUUCUUUCUGGCCGAGACCAGCAAGUAUUUGUAUCUGCUGUUCGACGAGGACAAUUUUCUGCACAACAACGGCGAGCAUGGCGAGCAACUGGACUCGGAGGACGAUGUCUGUGUGGUGCAGGCAGGCGCGUAUAUUUUCAAUACAGAGGCGCAUCCCAUGGACAUGUCAGCGCUCCACUGCUGUCACGAUAUUAAGGAGGAUUUUUACAGCACACUCGAUCUGUCGCAGUUCAGUGAGAAGGCACUGUUGGAGCGCAGUCGGAAACAGCGAGUGGCAGCGCAGGAACAAUGGACGCCGCCCUGCCAAUCGAGCGGCUUGUCCGAUUUCCCUGGGGAGCCGCGCAACGCCCAGGAAGCGGGCAAGGCCCAAACCGCCAGUCUGGCUGUUGACAUUGAGGUGUAUGAUGAAUUCCAGCAGCCAGCGGCGGAUGUUCUCGUGGGAAACUUUGAGCGAAUCCGCAGGGAACGCGAGUCAAAUCAGAGUGCGCAGAGCAGCGAAGUGUCGCGCAAUCAGCUGACGGUCAGCGAUCUGGACGAGUUCUUUGGAAAGCGACGCGAACAGUUUACCAGCGCCGAGGAAACCCUCAACUACGUGCUAAACUUUAUGGACAAUUUUACAAUGGAUGUGGCUUUCAUACGCGGCUUGCGUUUGUAUGAUGGCAACAUAAGCAGUGUGCUCGGCACAGGCGCCCAAAAGGAGUACGAGGGUCGGAUGCGCUCGUUGUGGCAAUUGUACGAGUUGGAGCAACAAUAUGCGGCCAAUAUACAAGUUAUCCAACGUUUGGGGCUGCUUAAUUUUCAAUCCGAUGGUGAGACGACGCGUCGUCAUCUCGCCGAGGUGCUCGACAAUCUGAACUAUCGCCAUAAGGCGACUGUUAAUGACACCACGACAGAGCCUCAUGUGGCGAGCGAUGUGGAAAAUAAUGAAACCACCGACGCUAACAGUGACAGCGACAAGACCAUCAUACGCAAUGCCAUCUAUGAGGCACGGAUUAGUUAUGAGAACGCCAUGAUGAACACCACAGCCAUGCAAGAGUUUAUGCAUCGCGUCUAUGUGAUGGGCACGAGCGAGACAGCGCUACCAUUUACGCCUCUGCUCACACAGGAGGAGUUGAGCACACUGCAUGUCAUCGAGCUGGAUGCGUUGGAGGAGCGCGAUCUCUUCAAAUACACGCGUCGCAUUGUGGACUUUCGCAAGCGCAUGUCCGAAACAGUCGACCGUCUACAAACGCUCAUGGAGGAGCUGAAGCCGCCCAAGUCGCUCAGCUCAGCGGAUGUCGAAACGAAGGGCACAACUUCGAUUUCACCCACAGCCGCGCCAACAGAGCCCCAGAGCCAAAGUGUGGUCUCCGAGGCGCCCAGCAACGACUCCAAACAACAGCAGUCUCACACGACGUCUGAGUCAGCAACAGAAGCGCCAACACAGUCGCAGGAGGAGGCGCCAUCGGGUGCGGGAUCGGUGUGGUCGCAGUUUGUGCAAUCAAUUCUGCGCAAAACCACUGUACAGCGCGUGAAAUUCGACGAAGCUGUUCUGCUGGAGAAAACACGCAAAUUGCUGGAGAAACACGCCCACAAGGAGCUGCCCCACCAGCUAUUCAGCUGUCGGCGACCCGAAUAUAUCGACACGCUCGCCUAUCGCGACUUUUAUCCAGAAGCGCUUUGAACACGGCAACUUGUUCCAAAAUCGUUCGACAACGACUCGAACUCGACUGAUUUCUGUUACUAUAUCUAUAUAUAUGUAUUCUGCCAGAGAAAGCUCGAAGUUGGGAGAGCAAGUUUGCAAAAGUGGUAAAAAUUUGUGACAAUUCCGUUCGAAGGCGCCUUUCGUUUUGGGAGCCUGCAGUUUUGCGUCCCGCAUUUCAAAUUGGGAUUUGCACAGGCCCCGAAAUGGGCCGUCUCUACUCUCUUAAUUAACAUUUAUAAAUUUACUUUCCGGUAAUUUUAUACUCUUGUACAUAGGGUAUAUAUAAUUUUUAAAAAAGUUGUUAAGUUGGAAUCGAUUCCAUCUCAACGUUCCUUGCACGUUCGUUUGCUGCGAAAUGAAAUGGUCUCGGUAUUGCAGGCUUUUUAAAUGAAUUGAUAAACGUGUCCCAGAAAAUAGUUAAAUAGUUAAAAUAUAAAAGAGCUAUUCCCGUUUUCGGGUUUGGUUAAAUUUUUCAAAAUCGAUUUCUACAAAAUGAGAGACUACCUCGAAUUUGUUUCCAAGAAAAUGGAAAAAGGAAGGACUUUGUUUUUGCACUUAGGAUUUGAAAUUAAAUUCGUUAAACGAAACUUGAGAAUUGGCUUGCUUCCACGACAGAGAUUUUCUUCCUUUUCGAGAUUUUCUCGAAUUCGUUUCAAUACCAUAAUAUGAAAGACUUUUCUUUCCCACUUCGGAAUUGUAAAAAUUUGAGUGAUUUCAAAAAAUUUGAUCGAAUUCGAACGCCGGUAAGGCCCCCAUAUGUAUAUUAAAAAACAUCAGGUGUUAAGUAUAUAGCGAUGGUUUUCCAGCUAGAAUUUAGGGAGAACUGAGGAUAAUAUUAAGUAAAUAAAACACAUAGCGUUUAGCUAUUUAAGUUAAUAAUAGAAUCCUGACUCAUCGGCCGCAAUAAACGAGAGCUCCCUCUGAUUAUAGUCACAACUAUACAUAUAUUUAUAUAUAUAUACAUCUCUAUAUUUUUAUUGAUA